AUGGAGAAGGAUAAGGUUCUCCAUGACUUCUUUGCCUCAGUCUUCAUUGGCAAGAGUUCAAGCCACACCAACCAAGUCACAGAAGGCAAAGGCGCUGGGGGAUGCACACAGGAAGACACAGCCUUGGGCCUGGACUGCAGCUCUACCCUCAUCCUCAUCUGGCCCACCAGCCAGGUCACUUUUGGGGAGGUGCUUCUAAACCUGGGGAGGUUCCUCCUCCUGCCAUUCGCAGACACGUGGGAGCUGCAGCUCUGGCACUUCUGGCUCUCCCUGGGCAUGUCUCUGGCUGCGCUCCUGGGCAACGGCCUCAUCAUCACCACCACAGCCUGUGACCAGCACCUCCACAGCCCCAUGUACUUCUUCCUCCUCAACCUCUCCCUCCCGGACCUGGGCUGCAUCUCCAACACUGUCCCCAAAUCCAUGGCCAAUUCCCUCUGGGACACCAGGGCCAUCUCCUACACAAGUUGUGCUGCCCAGAUAUUUUUCUUUCUGUUUUUUCUCAUAGCUGAGUUUUAUCUUCUCACCAUCGUGUCCUACAACAUCUAUUAUGUGGCCAUCUGCAAGCCCCUGCACUACGGGUCCCUCCUGGGCAGCAGAGCUUGUGUCCACAUGGCAGCAGCUGCCUGGGCAGUGGGGUUCUAUGCUCUGCUGCACACAGCCAAUAAAUUUUCACUCACCCUCUGCCAAGGCAAUGCUGUGGAGCAUAAGCUUUCCUUCUCAGACUCACAUCUCAGGGAAGCUGGGCUUCUUGUGGUUGGUGCCUGUUUAUUCCUUGGGUGUUUUGUUUUCAUUGUGGGGUCCUCUGUGCAGAUCUCCAGGGCCGUGCUGAGGAUCCCCUCUGAUCAGGGACACCACAAAGCCUUUUCUACGUUUCUCCCUCAACUGGCCAUGGUCUCCCUCUUUGUCAGCACUGAAGCAUUUGCCUAUCUGAAGCCCCACUCCAUUUCCUCAUCAUUGCUGCAUCUGGUGGUCUCAGUUCUGUACUCGGUGGCAUAUCCAGCAGUGAACCCCCUCAUCUACAGCCUGAGGAACCAGGAGCUCAGGGAUGCUCUGAGGAAGCUAGUGACUGGAUGUGUUUCAGCAGCCAUACACUGCCUGCUUUCCUCUGCAAAGGGCUGCCAGU